AUGGACGCACUCAAGGACUUUGUCGAGCUCAUCAUGACGCCCUCGGCGCCCGUCUUCGUCGUCGGCGCGCUCGUGAUCCUCCUCGUGCCCAUCCUCAUGCACCUCUGGGUGACCAAGUCGACGACCUACACCGUCCUCCCGUCGGUGCUCCUCACAGGGCCCUCAGGCGCGGGCAAGACGGCCCUGCACACCCUCCUGGAGCGCCGCCUCUCGCCCUCCGAGACCCACACCUCGCAGACCUGGUCCGCGGUGGAGCUCGCCGUGAGCGAGGACGGCGCCUCCUCCUCCUUCCGCGACGACCUCGACGCCGGCGGCGCGACCGCCUCCAAGUUCCUGCUGGUCGACACCCCCGGCCACGGCAAGCUGCGCCACUACGCCCACGGCCGCCUCACCCUCGAGGGCACGCAGUCCACCCGCCUCAGGGCCGUCGUCUUCGUCGUCGACGCCGCCGCCCUCGCAGAGCCCGACGUCCUGGCCGACACCGCCUCCUACCUGUACGAGGUGCUGCUCGCCCUGCAGCGCCGCAUGGCCAACACCAAGACCAGCAAGGCCCCCUACGCCAUCCCCCUGCUCGUCGCCGCCAACAAGACCGACCUGUUCACCGCCCUGCCCGCGAGGCUCGUGCGCACGAGCCUCGAGAAGGAGCUGGGCCGCAUACGCCGCACCCGCAGCAAGGGGCUGCUCGACUCGGGCGCCGAUGCCUCGGGGGACCUUGGCGCUGGCGGCGACGAUUCCGACGACUGGCUGGGCGAGUAUGGCAGCGCCGACUUCAAGUUCGACCAGAUGCGCGAGUUCGAUACCGAGGUUGAUGUUAUCAGCGGAAAUAUCACCGGCGACGGCCCGGGUGUGGACGCGUGGUGGACCUGGAUCGGGAGCAGGAUAUCUGUCUGGCAGGGGGACCGGAAGCAUGCCAAGAACUAG